AUGUCGACCUCAGAAGAAGAGAAGGACAAAGACGAGCCGAUGGAUGGUGAGGAGGAAGCCAGCAACAAAACCAAAAGUGCACCAGCAGCGUCAGUCGAGCGUUCUUCCAAGAAGAGGAAGCUAUCCGAAGACGACGAUGCUUCCAGCCGCAAGAGGAAACUCAAGAUGGAACAGGUGAAACUUCAGAGACAGAAGUUACAGCUUCGCAAAGAAAAGAUGCAAUUGUUGGAAGAAGAAGUCCGAGUCAAAGAGAUGGAGUUGCAGCUUGGAUUGGAAGAAGAAGGAUCAGAGGGGACGGACCAGGGAAAGGAUGACAGAAUUGACCUGACCAAGGGCCCCGAUAGAGACACUUUAGAGGAUGGUCCAAACGACAAUUCAGAGUUGGACGAAAUCAGCAUUCACACCACUCCAGCAGCAUAUUCGAAUACACCCAAAGCAGGAAAUGCAGCACGGCGAAAACCAGCACAAAAUCAUCAUGAAGGCAAGGCUUUAAAUGAGGGAUUCAUGGAACAAGCUUUGAGCAAAUUGAACGAUCUUCAGCAUCAAAUCGAGGAGGAAACCAAAAAGAGAGAGGCAUCCAUUGGCUCCCUGAGGGAAUUUAUUCAAGUAGAAUUUAUCAAAAUGAAUGCAAGCAUGACCACGGCGUUGGCCCUAAAGACUGCCCAGCCUCCUGCUCCAGCACCGCUACAGCCAGAAAACCCGCAAACAUUCUUCAAUACUGCCAUGAUGGCAAUGCUACAGCAGGCUGCUGCCAAAAAUAGUGACAACACCAGUACUGUCGCCAGGGCCGACAACCACUCCGAUGCCGAGGAAGACACCACCAAGCCAGUUGCCAAGGCCAAAGCCAGCAACAAACCACCCCGAAAGUAUCCCACCCGCCCUAUUCCUACCGGUCCGCACAUUAGCAACCGAACUAAAGCCGCCGUCACAGCUGCUGCCCCCGUUGCUACAUUUCCUCCAAGAUAUGAGGUGGAUGUAGAUGCCAACGAUGAUCGACCUAGAGAGUUCGCUGUAGCUCCAACGUGCGUCGCAGAGAUCUGGGAGGAAUGGAUGUAUGGUUUGAACGGCAACGUGCCGGUCAAAGACUGGACCCUCCGAGACCGUAUUAAAGGAAAGAACGGAUGGUGGAGGAGGAGACCGCUGUAUUUCCUCUUGGAUGCGCUGGUGGGUGAUGGCAGAUCCCCGGAAGAUGCGAUUAAAGACAUUGAAAAGCACUAUGGUCCUUCCAAAGGCAUUUCACCCAUAUGUGAUCGUAUCCGGGCUGACGUCAAGAAUGGCUGCCUUCCUGUGCACCUCAAACCAAGCGAGAAACGAAUGUUUUCGUUGUAG